UCAUCGGAGACGACGGAAUGGGCGAAGAUCUUCUUCUGGAUCUCCGGGGAGCGACGAUCGGUGGCGAGCUGGGGGAGCGGAAACCCUCCGAUCUCGCUCCCCAACCAGCCAAACACUUGCCCUUUGCUCGCCCUCGACAUUGGAGGAACUCUGAUUAAGUUGGUGUAUUUCAAACCUGAUAAUGAGGGAAAUGCUGGAGGGAAGCUCCAUUUCGUCAACUUUCAAACACGGUGUCUUGAUGAAUGUCUGGAGUUCAUAAAAUCCUAUAAGUUUAUUGGCAAUGGUGUGAUACAUGAGGCUUCAACCAGUGCAAAUUUGACAAUAAAGGCUACAGGAGGUGGGGCUUACAAAUUCUCUGAUGUCUUUCGAGAGAAGCUUGGGGUUACUCUUCAUAAGCUGGAUGAAAUUGAUAGCGUUGUGGAUGGGGCAAAUUUUUUGUUAAAGAAAAUCCCAUGCGAGUCUUUCAUUCACAAGAAUGGAAGAAGGGAGCCCAUAAAUAUCAACACGACAAACUUAUUUCCUUACCUUCUUGUCAAUAUUGGCUCUGGUGUGAGUAUGAUAAAGGUCAUGGGGAACAAGAAGUUUGAAAGAGUAACAGGGACACAUGUCGGUGCUGGUACCAUGUUUGGUCUAGCAAAACUGUUAACUGGUUGCAUGAGGUAUGAUGAAUUUUUAGAGUUGAGUCGGCAGGGGGAUAAUCUUGUGCUAGACUUAAUUGUCAAAGAUAUUUGUGGAGAGCUAGUUGGUCAAAAGCAAGGGCUUUCAGCAUCAACUCUUGCUUCUAGCUUUGGAAAGGUAAUAAAUUCUAGAAAGCAGCUUUCGGAUUAUAAAUCAGAGGACCUUGCUAAGACGUUGUUGAGUGCAUUUACUUAUAACAUUGCACAAGUCUCCUACUUAGUUGCAGCAUUACUAGGCCUUAAAAGAGUCUUUUUUGGAGGAUCUUACAUACGCGGUCAUGCAAGCACAAUGGACAAUAUUUCAUAUGCAAUUGAUUAUUGGUCCAAGGGGCAAAUGCAAGCUUUAUUCUUGCGCCAUGAGGGAUUUUUGGGAGCAUUAGGUGCAUUCAUGGAUUAUGAAAAUAUUGACACCUAUGAUUUGCCACUUGAAGACACAAAAGAAAAGGAGCCCUUGCAUGACACUUUUACAUCCCCUGAUGGAAUUUCAACAACUGAACACAAUGAAAGCAGCAUUUUUCCAUAUCUUCUUGUUAAUAUUGGAUCAGGUGUUAGUAUGGUUGAGGUAACUGGGAAAGGAAAGUUUGAGCGAAUAAUCGGGACACAUCUAGGUGGUGGUACCAUACUUGGUCUUGCAAGAUUGUUGACAGGCUGUGCCAGUUAUGAAGAAUUCUUAGAGUUGAGCCAAAGGGGGAACACUCUUGCGGUUGACUUGACUGUUGGGGAUAUCUAUGGUGAGCAUGGUUAUUCAAAGCAUAAUCUUCCAGCGUCAACCACCGCAGCUAGUUUUGGGAAGGUAUCUUCCAAUAAGCUUUCAGACUACAAAGCAGAGGACCUUGCUGCAGCCCUUUUGAAUGCUUUCACCUACAAUGUAGGACAAAUAUCUUAUUUUGUGGCAAAACUAUCAGGCCUCAGGAGGAUCUUCUUCCGUGGGACUUACGUAUGUGGCCAUGCAAAGACAAUGGAGAAGAUUUCUCGUUCACUAAAAUAUUGGUCGAAAGACGAAUUGCAAACAACAUUCCUAUGUCAUGAGGGGUUCAUGGGAGCGGUUGGUGCAUUUUGGAGUUAUGAAAAUAUGGGUAUUGCUAACUUGGAAACUGAAGAGAUUAUGAGACAAGUCUUGCUUGGUGCUCCUUAUACAGGCGGGAACGGUCCUGCUUUACCCUUGGCCGCUCACUUGUCUCUUACUGGAGGUGGUGAUGUCAGCUUCAGGGAUGAAGUAGAAAGAUUGCAGCAUGAUAAUAAUGAAAUGAAGGAUGAAAUUGAGAGAUUACGACAAGAGAAUGCACAACUGAAGGCUGCGUUGCAGAAAAUCAGAUUAGAUACUGCUUUUGAUGGUAAGAAUACACCACCUUCAUAACCUCAGGUAUUUCAUCUCUAUUGUUUGUCUUAUAUAUAUAUAUAUAUAUAUAUAUAUAUAUAUUAGCAUU